AUGAACCUGGAAGAGUUUAAUCAGUCUGAUCGCUGUAAGCAUUUCACCUGUCCAGAGAGAUCUGUAUCUCCUGCAGUUUAUAUCUUACUGUAUGUGUGUUCAGCUGCUGUGGUUCUGCUAACAGUGUGUGGAAAUCUGCUCGUCAUCAUCUCUGUUUUUCACUUCAAGCAGCUUCACACACCGACUAACAUGCUUGUGCUCUCUCUGGCUGUGUCAGAUUUCUUUGUUGGUAUGUCUGUAAUGCCACUAAUGCUAAUUUGGACUAUUGAGUCAUGCUGGAUUUUUGGGAGAGUUUUUUGCACCAUUUACUGGCUCAUUAAUAGUCUUCUUACCAUAUCUGUCUACACUAUUGCUCAGAUUGCUGUGGAUCGGUAUUUGGCACUCUCAAAUCCCUUUCUCUACAUGAACAUUGUCUCUGUGAAAAUUACUUGCGCUGCUGUUGUUUUAAACUGGUCUAUAACAGUAGCAUAUAUCUCAGCACUCCUAUAUGUCAAUAGAAACUUUACAAAUUCAGUAAUGUGUCCUGGAGAGUGUGUUCUCCCUAUGAAUAUGGUUUGGACCAUAAUUGAUCUUGUAUAUUCAUUUAUAUUUCCACUUUCUGUCAUAAUCAUAUUGUAUACUCUGGUUUUUGUGAUUGCUAAGAAACAUGCUACUGCUAUCAGAGAGCUUAAUAAUCACACACGGCCUAAAACACAGAAAAUCACCUCACACUCAAUGAAAUCUGAGAGAAAAGCAGCUAAAGUCCUCUGCAUUUUAGUUUCUGUGUUUCUAAUUUGCUUACUUCCAUAUUUUAUCUACAGUUUAUUAAAUGAUCUUAUUGAAAUACAGACAGACACAUUUCAGAAACUUAUGGUAGUAGGUUGUCUUAAUUCCACCAUUAAUCCAGUUAUUUAUGCUCUUUUUUACCCGUGGUUUAGGAGGUGCAUCAAAUUAAUCAUAACUCUGCAAAUAUUUCAGACAGACUCUGCAUUAAUCAAUGUUCUUUCAUAA